CCUCUCUUUCGGAAACGGGAGUGGUGGAGGGAGGCAACGAGGCUGCAAAAGAGAGGCCCGCCAAAUCGGCCCGCCUGCAAAGUGUUGCUCUGACACAUCCUUAUUAUGGAAGUUAAGUGAAAAAAUAAAAAAAAUAAAAAAAAUAACUCUGGACGUGGAGCUGCUACCGAGGAGACCCGGGAAAGAACAGCAGUAGGCAGGCCAAUGGUUUUUCGGCAGCGCGCUGGCAAGUUUGUGGAACACUUUCUAGGAAUUAGGUCUUUUUCCUCCCCCUUCAUCUUCUUGACUUCUGAAGAAAGAACUUGGCUUUGGAUGGCAAUGGAGCCUGAGGAGAGAGGGUUAGACACACUUGAAUAAUCCCUCCGGCUGGGCUGAAUUUGUGGGAAUUUAGGAAGCCAGAGGGUGGAAAUACAGCAGCCUUUGGAGUGCCCUCUGUUAAUCUGGAUGGAUCUAAAUGUGCCCCACUCAAGACCUCUCCACUGACCCCUUCUGAUCUUGCGAUUUGCUCUUCUUGACUUUAAUGAGCAUCUAGGAAAGUCUAAACUUUGGACCUACCUCUUUUUUUGAUACUUAUUUUUGUACUUUUGCUCUCUGGGAUUGGUUUCUUAAACAAUCUGGAUCCUUUUUAAUAUGUCAAAAUGAGUCGGCUGAUGUUUACACAACUACUGCUCUGUGGAUUUUUAUAUGUUCGAGUUGAUGGAUCUCGUCUUCGCCAGGAAGACUUCCCCCCACGGAUUGUGGAGCACCCUUCAGAUGUCAUUGUCUCUAAGGGAGAGCCCACCACUUUGAACUGUAAGGCAGAGGGCCGGCCAACGCCCACCAUUGAGUGGUACAAGGAUGGUGAGCGGGUGGAGACUGACAAGGAUGAUCCCCGGUCUCAUAGGAUGCUUCUGCCCAGCGGAUCCUUAUUUUUCUUGCGCAUUGUACAUGGGCGCAGAAGCAAACCUGAUGAAGGAAGCUACGUCUGUGUUGCAAGGAACUAUCUCGGUGAAGCAGUGAGUCGAAAUGCAUCUCUGGAAGUGGCAUUGUUACGAGAUGACUUCCGGCAAAAUCCCACAGAUGUUGUAGUGGCUGCUGGAGAACCUGCGAUCUUGGAGUGCCAGCCUCCCAGGGGACACCCAGAACCCACCAUCUACUGGAAGAAAGACAAAGUUCGAAUUGAUGACAAGGAAGAAAGAAUAAGUAUCCGUGGUGGAAAAUUGAUGAUCUCCAAUACCAGGAAAAGUGAUGCAGGGAUGUAUACCUGUGUUGGCACCAAUAUGGUGGGAGAAAGAGACAGUGAUCCAGCAGAGCUGACUGUCUUUGAACGACCCACAUUUCUCAGGAGGCCAAUUAACCAGGUGGUGCUGGAGGAAGAAGCUGUAGAAUUUCGUUGUCAGGUCCAGGGAGAUCCUCAACCAAAUGUGCGGUGGAAAAAGGAUGAUGCAGACUUGCCAAGAGGAAGGUAUGACAUCAAGGAUGAUUACACAUUGAGAAUUAAAAAGGCCGUGAGUACAGAUGAAGGCACCUACAUGUGUAUUGCCGAGAAUCGGGUUGGAAAAGUAGAAGCCUCUGCUUCUCUCACAGUCCGAGCUCCUCCACAGUUUGUGGUUAGGCCAAGAGAUCAGAUUGUUGCUCAAGGUCGAACAGUGACAUUUCCCUGUGAAACUAAAGGAAACCCACAGCCAGCUGUUUUUUGGCAAAAAGAAGGCAGCCAGAACUUGCUUUUUCCAAAUCAACCCCAGCAACCCAACAGUAGAUGUUCUGUUUCGCCAACCGGAGACCUCACAAUUACCAACAUUCAGCGCUCGGAUGCGGGUUACUAUAUCUGCCAGGCCCUAACUGUGGCGGGAAGCAUUUUAGCAAAAGCUCAACUGGAAGUUACUGAUGUUUUGACAGAUAGACCUCCACCCAUAAUUCUACAAGGCCCAGCCAACCAAACACUAGCAGUAGAUGGUACAGCAUUACUGAAAUGUAAAGCUACUGGUGAUCCUCUUCCUGUAAUUAGCUGGUUAAAGGAGGGAUUUACUUUCCUGGGUAGAGAUCCAAGAGCAACUAUACAAGAACAAGGAACAUUGCAGAUUAAGAAUUUACGGAUUUCUGAUACUGGUACUUAUACUUGUGUGGCUACAAGUUCAAGUGGAGAGACUUCAUGGAGUGCUGUGCUGGAUGUGACAGAAUCUGGAGCAACAAUCAGUAAAAACUAUGACUUAAGUGACCUGCCAGGCCCACCAUCCAAACCACAGGUCACUGAUGUUACUAAGAACAGUGUCACCUUGUCCUGGCAACCAGGUACCCCUGGAGCCCUUCCAGCAAGUGCAUAUAUCAUUGAGGCUUUCAGCCAAUCAGUGAGUAAUAGCUGGCAGACGGUGGCAAACCACGUAAAGACCACAGUCUACACAGUGAGAGGACUGAGGCCCAAUACGAUCUACUUAUUCAUGGUCAGAGCCAUCAACCCGCAAGGUCUCAGUGACCCAAGCCCCAUGUCAGAUCCUGUGCGCACACAAGAUAUCAGCCCACCAGCACAAGGAGUGGACCAUAGACAAGUACAGAAAGAACUAGGAGAUGUCAUUGUCCGUCUUCAUACUCCAGUUGUGUUGACCCCCACCACUGUUCAAGUCACAUGGAUGGUUGAUCGCCAACCCCAGUUUAUUCAAGGCUACCGAGUGAUGUAUCGUCAGACUUCAGGCCUGCAGGCUACAUCAACAUGGCAGAAUUUAGAUGCCAAAGUCCCAACUGAGCGAAGUGCUGUCUUAGUCAACCUGAAAAAGGGGGUGACUUAUGAAAUUAAAGUUCGACCAUAUUUUAACGAGUUCCAAGGAAUGGACAGUGAAUCUAAAAUAGUUCGUACUACUGAAGAAGCCCCAAGUGCCCCUCCACAAUCUGUCACUGUGUUAACAGUUGGAAGCCACAAUAGCACAAGUAUUAGUGUUUCCUGGGAUCCUCCUCCUCCGGAUCAUCAGAAUGGAAUCAUCCAAGAAUACAAGAUCUGGUGCCUGGGGAAUGAAACACGAUUCCAUAUCAACAAAACUGUGGAUGCAGCCAUUCGAUCUGUGAUAAUUGCUGGAUUGUUCCCAGGUAUUCAAUACCGGGUAGAGGUUGCAGCUAGCACGAGUGCAGGGGUUGGAGUAAAAAGUGAGCCGCAACCAAUAAUCAUUGGGGGACGUAAUGAAGUUGUCAUUACUGAAAACAAUAACAGUAUAACUGAGCAAAUCACUGAUGUUGUGAAGCAACCAGCCUUUAUAGCUGGCAUUGGUGGUGCCUGCUGGGUAAUUUUGAUGGGUUUUAGCAUCUGGUUGUAUUGGCGAAGAAAGAAGAGAAAGGGACUCAGUAACUAUGCUGUUACAUUUCAAAGAGGAGAUGGAGGACUAAUGAGCAAUGGGAGCCGUCCUGGUCUUCUAAAUGCUGGGGAUCCCAGUUAUCCGUGGCUUGCUGAUUCGUGGCCGGCCACGAGCUUACCAGUAAACAACAGCAACAGUGGCCCAAACGAGAUUGCGAACUUUGGACGUGGAGAUGUGCUGCCGCCAGUUCCAGGCCAAGGGGAUAAAACAGCAACAAUGCUCUCAGAUGGAGCUAUUUAUAGCAGCAUUGACUUCACGACCAAAACCACUUACAACAGUUCCAGCCAAAUAACACAGGCCACCCCAUAUGCCACCACACAGAUCUUGCAUUCCAAUAGCAUUCACGAAUUGGCUGUCGAUCUGCCUGAUCCACAAUGGAAAAGCUCCAUUCAGCAAAAAACAGACCUGAUGGGAUUUGGAUAUUCUCUACCUGAUCAGAACAAAGGUAACAAUGGUGGGAAAGGUGGAAAAAAGAAGAAAAAUAAAAACUCUUCUAAACCACAGAAAAACAAUGGAUCGACCUGGGCCAAUGUUCCUCUACCUCCUCCCCCAGUCCAGCCCCUUCCUGGUACAGAGCUGGAACACUAUUCAGUGGAACAGCAAGAAAAUGGGUAUGACAGUGAUAGCUGGUGCCCGCCGUUGCCGGUACAAACAUACUUACACCAGGGUAUGGAAGAUGAACUGGAAGAAGAUGAUGAUCGUGUCCCAACACCUCCUGUCCGAGGCGUGGCUUCUUCUCCUGCUAUUUCCUUUGGACAGCAGUCUACUGCAACUCUUACACCCUCCCCACGGGAAGAGAUGCAGCCCAUGCUGCAAGCUCACCUGGACGAGUUGACAAGAGCCUAUCAGUUUGAUAUAGCCAAGCAAACAUGGCACAUUCAAAGCAAUAAUCAACCUCCACAGCCCCCGGUUCCACCAUUAGGUUACAUGUCCGGAGCCUUGAUUUCCGAUUUGGAAACAGAUGUUCCAGAUGAUGAUGCUGAUGAUGAGGAGGAAGCUUUAGAAAUCCCCCGGCCCCUGAGAGCACUAGAGCAGACCCCCGGAUCCAGUAUGGACAAUCUAGACAGCUCUGUGACAGGCAAAGCUUUUACCUCCUCUCAAAGACCUCGGCCAACCAGCCCAUUUUCUACUGACAGUAAUACCAGUGCAGCCCUGAGUCAAAGUCAGAGGCCUCGGCCCACUAAAAAACACAAGGGAGGGCGAAUGGACCAACAACCAGCAUUGCCUCAUCGAAGGGAAGGAAUGACAGAUGAGGAGACAUUGGUGCCCUACAGCAAGCCCAGUUUCCCAUCUCCAGGAGGUCACAGCUCAUCAGGAACAGCUUCUUCUAAAGGAUCCACUGGACCAAGGAAAGCCGAGGCGUUGAGGGGAAGUCACCAGCGCAAUGCCAGUGACCUUCUUGACAUAGGAUAUAUGGGCUCAAAUAGUCAAGGACAGUUUACAGGUGAAUUAUAGUAACUGAGAGGAGACAUGCGAAGCUGCUCUGAAGGACCACCAGGUCUGAACUCAUGGAAGUGAUGACACGAAACAGUGCAAUGAACAAUUUCUUUAUUUAUGUACAAUUAAAAGAACUGUAAAUGCAAUGUAAAGACACACAGCCACACAUAUCCCACAGAUAUUUUACUUGUGUUCUUCUCUUAAGUACACCACCCACCUUAACUCUUUCUUGUCAGGAGUAUAUAAAAAAGACAGAAAAGAAAACCCGCCCUCCAGGAAGAAAAGGAUUUUCCUCUGUAUAUAAUUUCUUUUGUGCAUUGCUAUGCAAGCUCACUCUUUUUAGAUCUGUUCAUACUAUUGUCUGUUUUCAUUGGUCUGUUGUACUAUAUGUGAAUUAAUAGGCUGUGGUGCCAUAUAUUAACUUUUAAUUGUGUAACUUUUAUGUUUAAAUUUUGCACUGCAAUUUUUUUUGGUGAUAAGCACAAAUCUCUACUCCUCGUGACAUGAAGAACAAGACUGAAUGUGAAGGGAGUUUCCGUACUGUAAGCUAGGCUGGAUGUGCUGGUUGGAACCAAUCACUUUAGAUGGUUUGCAGUUGGGGUGUAGGAAUAGGAAGAUGCAAAGGAACAGUGGUGUUGGCAAAGUCUUCUUUGAAUAUCAGAGACUGAGUCAAUAAAAAGAAAAGCAGAAAGGUGUCUUUUGCUAUUGACAAAAAGCAGGGGUCAAAGAAAGAAAUUUAAGUCUUAAGGCUAAAUAGGUAUUACAAUAUACAGGUAGCAAAGAUGUACUAAGCUUGCUAAAAAAAAAAAAAGAAAAGAAAUUAAGGUUAUAUGUAGAAUUAACUGAACCUGUCAUUGUAAUUGACCCAUCUGAGAAUUAUAACAAGCAAAAGGAAAUUAAGGUGUUUCACAAGAGCUGUGUUUAUAUUACAGUUUUUAUAAAAGCAUUUUCUGAAUUACCAUAAUUAAUCUCUCCAACUCAUUAAGUCAGAAUAUAAUAUGACAUUCCCCAAGGAAACAAACAAAAUGAACUCUAGAAUAUCUAGCAAAUAGUUAAAGAGGCAAUUUAUUAUUAGGACAUACUCGGGCUGCUUCCAAAUGCAAAAACUCUAUUGCAAUAUCUCGUUUCAUCUUUCUAAUACAUGUACAGUACACACGAGAGGAUAGAGCUGCAUCACUUAAAUUUAUGACUUUGAAAAAAUAAUGCAGUCUGUAGACAACUUUGUUUUAUUUGGUUAAGAAGUGAAGUUUAUGCCACAAAUGUAUAGCCAAAUUGUAAGUGCUUACAAAGCAGUGCUCAGAGUAUGUUCAGUUCACAGUAAGUAGAUUUAUUGGAAUAAACAUUUUAUGGUACAUUCUCAGAAAUUGGCUACCAACUAAAAUAUGUUUGACCCAUUUUGAAUGAGUAAGUUGAAAAGAAAAAUUUAAAAGGAGAAAAAUGCAUGUUUAUAAUACUUUUUAAAUAAAACCAAACCUCAUUAAGUGGACAUUAAUAACAGUGUCCUGCCUCAUUUGUUUCCAUGACUUUGAGAACAAGAAAUUCCUGAACAUCAGUCAUGUAUGGUCAAAAUGAAUCCGACUUUGAAAUAUAUGUCAGCCACUGUACACGUAGAGUCGAUCAGUCAAGUAGAAGAGACCUUCCCUGAAAUUCCCACUUGUGACAUUUUUUCUAUGUGCUGCCUCCACAACUGUAAAUUCUAUUUCUAGUUAUACUUUCUCAUGUUUUUCCUAUGAUGUGUUCAGUAGUUGGUAUUUUGAAAAAUGUUCGAUGUAAUGAUUAGAAUCAAUUCUAAAAUAUGGGACCUGCUUGAAUGACAAUUCAUACUCCCAUGCAUGAUUGCCUCGGUCACCAAUUCCAUAUCAUAUUGUUAUAGCAAAGGGAUAACGUAAUUCAUUUUUUGUAUCCUUUUUGUUCCCUGAGACUGCAUCAACACAGGCAAGAGUGGAGGAACGUAAUGUUCUUUAUGGGCCCCAACAUCUUCUUGGUGCCAUGUAGCUCAUUUCUUCACCGAAGAGAAAAAACAUUCUGAGACACACUUAUUAAAUGCUUUAUCAACUUUCUGCCACCAGUGCCUGAAUUUUAAUGCAGUUUGCUUUCUCUGGGUCAGAUUGUCUAGGAAAGAUGAGAAGUUCCUGCGAAGAAUGACUACAUACUAUUCGCAACUGUAGGACGUGAGGAAUUUAAUUUUUAUUUAUGCGGUUCUCUAUUUCACCUCUUUCUAUUUAAAAACAAACAAAGUUUUGUUCAUUUGUGUUCCCUCUUUAUGCUUCUCUGUAACCCACUUGAGUAAAGCUUUAAUUCAUUACAUUUAUUACACAUAGAUGUUGAUCCCUAAUGUGACAAAUAAACCAAGACUUCAGUGUAGAGUAUGGGUAUGAAAGUGACUUCUGGAAUAACGCAGGACAUAGCAUCAUACCCUCCUGAUUAUUUUCAGUGUAUAAAACGUAACCAUUUUGGUUAGGUUUUGGCAGUACAGACCCUAUGGUUACUUGGAAUGUUCUUUUAGAACAUUCCCUUAAUAUUCCCUGUUAAGUCUAGUUUUAUAUGUAAAUUGGUUAGUAAAAUCCUGCACCCAAGAUAGCAUCCUCACACAGAAACAGAGCCAGACAAAAUGCUGUGGCUACCCAAAUGAAUUCAGGAAUCUUACCCAAAAACCAAAAGCUUUUGUCAACUUACUAUAUGUAAAAAGCUUCUAAUCAGUAUGUCAGAAUGUCAUUAGAAGAAUGCAAACAUGUAUAAGACCUUCCGGAAUUUUUUUCAUUUUGUAGCCCAUUGAAUGAGUGUGAUUAGAAAUUCAUUGAGCUCACUCUUCUUCAGGUCUACACAAGGCCUGCAUAACUUGUCAGAAGGAAAUCUGGUUGGGAGAGAAUGCAAACUCACCUCGCACUCACAGGCCAUGCUGCUGUGCGGUCAAGCCCCAAACAACACAGCUCCACUCUCAACAUGCCACGUCUCCACUGGGGAAAAGCCAAUCAGUGCCCCAGCUCAGGUUUGCCUCCGAGCGUGCAGGCAGAGUCGGCCCACCCCUUUCCAGAUCUUUUCCAUGCCAUAUUUAAAGUGGGACAGUACAGGGGCUUGAAAACAACAGAUUCCUUCACAGGAUUUGAAUCCAGUUCAAGGGAGCAUAUAGGAAAAUCAAGACGAACACCUAAGGUGUCCUAUAACCAAAGGGAAGUAAAAACAUUGCAAGUAUGCUUGUUCUAAGUAACAAAACAGAUAAAAUGGUGUUCUAUGUCAUAGUUGAAUGCUCUGGGUAUUUAAAAAUAUCUUCAAUAGGAUUCAAGUUGAAAGUUUGAGCUCUGAUAGAACACCUCCAAAUUUCUAUUCAACAAAUUUAUGGACCUGUCCAUCGACAACAUAAUGAUACGAAUACCAAUGAGCUCUAAACUGUGGUUUAUCUUCGCCACUGGAAAGUGAUUGUGUGUCAGUAUUAAAGAUACGAAGAACCAUGACAUUCACUAGUUUGUACAUCUGCUUCUGUACAUUGUAUUUAUAAAGUUACAUGACGAGAAUUGGUGUAAAGCAAUGUUUUCCCACAUCAUCUCAGAGGUGAAGUUACUUUUAUUUUGCUUCUCUAUCAUGCGUACUUCAGAUGAAACCCCAUACCUUUUUUCAGUGAAGUUCCAUUUAUCUCAUCAUUUUCUUAUCUCAUCAUUUUCAAAAGCAUUUAUUGUGACUUUAAAAUGUUGCAAGAUAAGGGAUUUUGUGGCCGUGGGUAGACUUUUUAUACUUUGUUUUAUAGAUGGACUUUUUUUUAACUAGUCUGUUUAAGUCACCAAACAGCAUCCAAAAUCUUAACGUGUUUCAUUUGAUGUUGUUAGCUCAGAAAAGAAAUUGGCAUAAAAUUGGUUAAUAGUAUUGUCAAAGAAUUGUGUAUUGUGUACUCACUGGGAAAAAAUAAAAUAUAUUCACAUUUCAAA